UAGAGAUAUGAAUGGUUAUUUUGCGGCGAUUCGUUUCAGAAUUGUUCAUGAAAACGUUUUUUAACCGUUUAGUUUCGGUAAAAAAAAUGUUUGAUAAAGAAUUUUUCGAAAAACUUUUAAAUCUUAAAGUUUCAAACUUAAAAAUUGAAAAUGCUUGUGAAAUAGGUGAGAAUUUUGUGUCGAAAGUUGAACGUAUUUUUAUUUAUGGAAUUAAAAAUGAUAUUGAUUUUCAAACUAGUCUUAUUUUGAAAACUUUUUCAACCAACCCAGCAACUCAAUCCCACAAUUUUGAUAAACAAUUUCAGAACGAAUCCAUUUUUUAUAAAACCAUUUUAAAUCUGCUCAAUAAGUAUUCCAGAAGUACUUUAAAAACCCCUAAAUGUUUUUAUAAUGAUGAAAAACAUUUAAUUUUUGAAGAUUUAACUCUAGAUGGUUUUAAAACAAAACCAAAAGGUCAUAGAUUUGAUUUAAAUGAAGCUAAAUUGGUGAUUAUUGAAAUUUCAAAAAUGCAUUCAGCAUCUUUAUCGUUACAAAUCAAAGAUUCCAAAUCAUUUUUUGAAGUGUUAAGUAAUCUUCAUUCUUUUAUGAAUAAAGAAGGGAAUCAAUUAUUAGAAAAGUGUUACUUAGACCAUUUAAACACGUCGAUUAAAAUUUUUGAAGAAAAUUCGGAAAUUGUGACAUUUUUAAAAAACUUGAAAGAAAAUGUUUAUUCAAAAGUAAUUGAAAUUUUUGAAAAACCAACCGAAAUUAAAGUUCUAAAUCACGGCGAUUUAUGGGGAAAUAACAUAUUUUUCAAAAACGACGUUGAUAUUAAAAUAAUUGAUUUUCAAAUGUUACAUUAUGGCUCACCAGCAAUGGAUUUAGUAUAUUUUUUAUGGAUAAAUCUCGAUUCAGAAAACAGAAAAACGAAUUUCAAAGAAUUAUUGGAGUGUUACAUUGAAAAUUUAAAACGAUUUUCGUUCGAAAACGAUAUAGAUUCGAAUCUAAUCAAUAAAAUGACCUUACAAUGGAUCCAAAACGAAAUGAAAACAUUUACUUUGUAUGGAAUGUUAUGUUGUUUUAUAUUUUUACCAGUUUUUUAUAUCAAUUUAGACGACAUAUCCCGUAAUUAUCAUUUAGAUAACGUUUAUAUGAAAUUAAUGAACGAUUCUUAUAAAGAAAACAUGAUUAACGCAGUCAGGGAUUUCAUUCAUUUCCAAAAUUAUCACUUUUAAUUUUAUCUCAUAUAAUUUUGAUUUAUAAAUUUAAAAUUUGAGUCGCCAUCUAUUGUUGAGUAAAAAAAGUGAGAAUUUCUUAAAUUUUAAGUAAAAUAAAGAUGUCGCUAGUU